CCUUUCAUAAUUAAUCCCGGUCCGGAUCAUAGUUAACUUUAGGUAAUCCGAUCCGCUGUUUCAUUGCCGUAGGUAGUACCUGCCCACUAAAAGGACCCUAGUCUUAGUGAGGUUGAGUGUUAAAACUUCAAAACUUGCAGAGUCACCAGAGUACAAGUCUCAAAAAUCUUUGAAGGCAUUCUUCUAAUUCCUCCCUCUUGGCGUAGUAAGAGGAGGCACUCACAAUGGACAGUCCGUAUUCUAAAGAGUUGCAAGUUGCAAUUGGCGCCAUUCAAUCGGCGGCAAAGCUCAGCCAGGCUGUCAUCUCGAUUGAAGAUAAAGGGGUCAUCGAGAAAGAUGACCUCAGUCCUGUUACGGUAGCUGAUUUUGCUAUUCAAGCACUCCUUACUGCCACUGUCCACCACGCUUUUCCUAACGACAAGUUCGUCGGAGAGGAGUCGGCCGCGGAUUUGAGGGAUAAUCCGGUUCUUCUGGAUCGCGUAUGGAAAUUACUCCUGACUCUUAAGAAUGACGAAGCCGAGUCGCUCUGCAAACUGCCAGAGUCAUCAGAGCAGAUGUGCGAAAUGAUCGACUGGUGUGGCUUUGGAGAACCUGGAGGGUCACAAGCUGGAAGAGUGUGGGUUUUCGACCCAAUUGAUGGCACGAAGACUUUUGUCCGCCGUGAAGCAUAUGCAAUUAAUGUUGCUCUCCUAGAAGAGAGCAAGCAAGUCCUGAGCAUCGUGGGCUGCCCAACGUUUUCUAUUGACGCUACAGCUCCCGUCACGAACACUUCGCUCGACCCAACAGGGCGGGGUUCCAUCGUCUUUGCCGCAAAAGGUCAUGGCACAUAUGUGCGCCCGUUGGCUGCAUCACCAUCAAACAAUAUUAACAUUCGCAAAAUCGAGCCACUUGCCGAGAAUGAACCAUCCCAGACUCUGCGACCUGUAUCCUGCUAUAACAUGCUGGAUUCCGGAGUGGAUGAUGUUCAUAAACUAGUCAUGGAAAGACUUGGCAUUCAAACACCGGGAUGCGAUCUCCUAGCUUGGGUCCUCCGAUGGGUCACUCUCGGACUAGGACUUGCGAACAUGACUGUCUGGGUUUAUAAACAACGAAGUCGCACGGGGAAGAUUUGGGAUCAUGCUGGCGCUAUGUUAUUAUUCGAAGAAAUCGGUGGUCAAAUCACAGAUAUUGACGGGAAACCGAUUGAUUUGAGUGUCGGGAGGAAGAUGACUGCUAACCACGGCUUUGUAGCUGCGCCGAAGGCGAUGCACGCUACGGUAUUAGGAACCGUACAACAGGUUCUACGAGAACAAGGAAAGGGACACCUCUUGGGUUAAAUUGAUUGUUUUGCAAGGCUUCCUGAAGCCGCUCGAUCUUGAUUCGAAACUUCACAUAACGACAGACUACUUACCU